AGGUAUUACUAGCGGGUCAAUUGCAGAAAGGACGCAAUUUGUGGCCUACUUAAUUUACUCCUCAUUCUUGACCGGUUUCGUCUACCCCAUUGUGUCGCAUUGGUUUUGGUCGGGCGAUGGUUGGGCCGGGGCUGCCAAAUCCCGCGGAGACCUUCUUUUUGGUUCGGGAGUCAUUGACUUUGCCGGUUCAGGGGUGGUUCACAUGGUCGGUGGCAUAGCCGGUCUAUGGGGAGCCCUGAUUGAAGGUCCAAGAAUUGGGCGGUUCGACAGGUCCGGCCGGUCCGUUGCCUUGCGUGGCCAUAGUGCCUCGCUAGUGGUGUUGGGGAGCUUUUUGUUGUGGUUCGGAUGGUACGGUUUCAAUCCCGGUUCCUUUUGGACCAUAUUGAAGUCAUAUGGGACGAGGGGGCCCUACUACGGUCAGUGGAGCGCGGUCGGGCGGACAGCUGUGACGACGACAUUGGCUGGGAGCACGGCUGCGCUGACUACCCUAUUUGGAAAAAGGUUCCUGGUUGGGCAUUGGAAUGUGAUUGAUGUGUGCAAUGGGUUGUUGGGGGGGUUCGCAGCAAUCACCUCAGGGUGCGCGGUGGUGGAGCCCUGGGCAGCUAUCAUAUGGGUUUUGUGGGCGUCUUGGGUGCUGAUCGGGUUCAACAAGCUGGCAGAGAAGUUAAAGUACGAUGAUCCACUGGAGGCAGCCCAACUGCAUGGUGGAUGUGGUGCAUGGGGUGUGUUGUUCACGGGAUUAUUUGCCAAGAAGGCGUACGUGAACGAGGUGUAUCCCGAUCGACCAAAUAGGCCAUACGGGUUGUUCAUGGGCGGUGGUGGGAAGCUCUUGGCUGCCCAAAUCAUCCAAAUUCUGGUGAUCGUUGGGUGGGUCACGGCCACAAUGGCACCACUUUUCUUGGCACUCCACAAGUUGAAGCUACUAAGGGUUUCGAGCGAGGAUGAAAUGGCGGGAAUGGACAUGACUAGGCAUGGAGGGAUGGCCUAUAUCUACCACGACCAAGACGACCAUUCCAAUUUGCCGCAAUUUAGGAUGAAUAGGAUUGAACCCAGGGAUACACCCACACCCCAACCUUUCUCACAACCUCGUAGUGUGUGAUACGUACAGUGAGUGUUUAAAUAUUCAUGAUAAUCUAAUACAAUUAAAUGAAGGAACGAGUUGCACAUAUCGAAAAUCCAGACUCUUGGCCAAAAGAACAUGAUGUUUUACUUCGUGUGUUGGUCGCUCUAGCUAGCUACAAACUCUAAAUUAAGUGUACUUUAGUUGCUAACAUGUGGUUACCUUGUCUUAAAUAUAUAGUUACUUUGUUUUUCAGACAACCUACGGUGUUGGGAGCUUAAUUGAUUUCCCUUCCUCCUUGUCAAAGGACGUUAAUUCCAAAUAAUACCAUGCUUCUAUUGUUGACUAAUCGGGUGCUUAUAGUUUGCACCAACAAAUUA